GUUGCGAUCUGGAAAUCUUUUUCGGUGAACCCUUGGUGACGUCGAAGGAUCGGAUUGAUGGACUUGCCGAUGCGUGAACUUCUGCAGUGCGCCUGCGUCUGCGUCUAAGUGAAUCUAAUCAAUCCCCGCCAAUUCAUCCAAUCACGAUCAAAUCACCAAAUAAACACAUUGAUACCAAGCCUAACCCUAUCGGGGAUCCCCGCAUUUUACUCGAGUAGACAGAACUAUUGCCAAGGGCUCCCUGACCAAUCAUCAGGAUCAUCUCAUGCUGCCGAAUUGAGCUGUGGUCCAGUUCAGGCACGAGAAAUCCAUCCACCGUGUCCAUAACCACCAACAGGUACGAGUCCACCCAAAAUCCAUUCUCCUGUACCUGCUCUGCACAUUUCACUCACAAUUCCAUCAUCCAGAUCCCCAAUUCCCACCACCCAAAAUGCGUUUCAUUACCCCCCUUACCAUGGCGGCAUUGGCCACCGCGGUCCUGGCCGCAGAGGUCAAGAUCGAGGUCACUCGCGCCGUCGAAUGCGACCGCAAAUCCAAGAAAGGAGACAAGAUUUCCGUUCACUACCGAGGAACCCUGACCGACGGGAAAGAAUUCGAUGCCAGUUACAACCGUGGAACACCAUUGGACUUCGAGGUGGGCAGAGGAAGUGUCAUUAAGGGGUCAGUCCCAUUGCUGCAUGGACGGAGCGAGGGAGUUACGUAUAGCUGAUGCCGAAUUGUAGUUGGGAUGAUAACCUCAUCGACAUGUGCAUUGGCGAGAAGAGAACUUUGACCAUUCCUCCGGAGCAUGGAUAUGGAGAUAGAGAUAUGGGUCCUAUCCCAGCUGGAAGUACUCUGAGUAUGUACUCCUUCUCUCCAAGUUUAGAGGCAUAAAAUUAAAUGUCCCCUCUUUAUGCAAAUGUGUAUACUAACCUUCACAUCACAGUCUUCGAAACCGAAUUGAUGGCGAUCAAAGGUGUCAAGGCCCCGGAGAAGAUUGUGGAAAAGGAAAAGCCAGCAGAGGCAAAGCCAGCUGCGGCAACCGAAUCAGUAAGCAGUGUGGCAUCAGAUCAAGCAAAAGACGCUCCCGAAGGUAUCAAGGCCGGCGCAGCCAGUGUCCUCUCCGAGGCUGCCGAGGCCGUUAAAACCAUCCUUGCUGACUCUGAUGACGCUGGACAGGAGCACAACGAGUUGUAGGGAACCAGAAGGUCGAUGUGUGUAGUCAAUGGAGUUGGGGGUUAUGUUGAUAGCGUUGGACUGGACCCGACCGACCAUUGAUGAUGAUGGGA